AUGAUGGAGCACCAGGAGGAGAUAGUCAUCGUCACGGAGCAGAAGAAAAAACCAACCAACCAACGCCGUGCGAAAAAUGACGAGGAAAACAAUUUGAAAAACAAAGGAACAGCAUCGACCAGUAGCAGCAGUGACAUAGUCACAAGAGAAGAAGACGUAGAAGUAAGUCCUGUAAAGUUUCGAGAAAAAGGAGCAGCAGUUGUCGCAGAAAGAGGAUGA